GAGCUGCCCCUUCGCAUCCUUUCUUGGUCUCGUGAGCUGUGUCUCGCCUGUCCUCCCUUAACCUCUCCUUUUUCGGGUCCAUGUACACCCUCAGUGGUACAGAGAGCUUUAUUCUUACAGCACUUUUGACAUUCGAAAUCAUUGCCAAACAAAACAAGGAAGACAAAGGGGAAUGGUCACAUGGCUGUGUCCCCUCUCGCUCCUUUAUAAUGUGCCCCCAAAUCCGUUUCUCGCGCGCGCCUGCCUUUCUCCAGAGCCAAAGCGCCGGCUGUCGCGUUGUAAGAACGUAAGAUCCCUGCUGCGUAAGAGCAUGGCUCAGGCCGCAAUUAAGUCAUGUUUACUCAGAAGAUGCUGCAAAUCAGGGACUUUGACUCAUUUACAGAGUGCCUGGGAGCAGUUUCUCGUAGCCAGUGUCACCCAGCAACAUGUUGAUGGCAAACCUGAUAUACUGUAUUUAAAAAAACAAAACCCAGGAUGUUUGCAAAAGCAACGAAGAAUUUUGUGAGAGAGAUUGACUGUGGAGGAGACUUGAUCCCUGUACCCCGCCUAAAUAACUUAGACAAAUUACAAUUCCUAAACUUAAUAACAAAAAAGAAGAAAACCUGGUGCUGGCAGAAGCCAAAGUACCAUCUCUUGUCAGUCACGUUGAAUGAUGUGCUUGCUAAAGGUGAACCCAUAAAACCAGUUGUUGUAGAGUCUGAUUUUGUGAAGUAUGAAGGAAAGUUUGAAGACUAUGUCGGGGGAAGCAUUGCAACUUCAUUUGGCAAGAUUAAUUUAGGAGCUGGAGGAAGAGGCAUUGUGGAAAGCCAUUCAUCUUUUGGUAAUCUAAAGAAGCAAGAAGCUGACUUGCAGAAGCUUAUGAAGGAUAUUGAGGGAAGAACAAUUAAUCUACACAAUACAUUGCUGCAACAAAUGCUUGAAAGAAAGCAUGAAGUUCUUUGUGUUCUGACAAAAAGAAUAGUGACAACUCAGAAAUGUUUAAUAUCAGAACAUAUUCAGACAGAAGAAAAAAUGGCAAGUAUGGUGGGGAUAAGUACAAAAAUUAUAAAGGUAUCAGUGAGUGAAAAUGGGAAUGUGAUAAAGGAUUCUAAUGUGAUCUUGGAGAUCCCUGCUCCUGCAGCUAUUGCUUAUGGUGUAAUAGAACUGUAUAUAAAGCGUGACGGUCAAUUUGAAUUCUGCCUGCUUCACGAGCAACAGGGUGGUUUUGAAAGAGAGAACACAGAAGGGUCAUCUUACCAUGCUUCAGCUUUCAGAGAUGCUAUCUUCCCCCAUCUUCUGGAUGCUGUGGAUAACGAGAAGCUGUCUGGCCCUGAAAGCCCUGUCCCCAGUGGUGUUUCAUUAAGCAUUUUGAGCAAAGAUGCCUUGCAAUUAAGCACCUAUUUCCAGCCUUUUAUGAAGUUAUCGGAGGGAAAGCAGAGAGCUUUAUACCACAUACUCUGUGAGCUUCUGCUUCAUGAAGAAAUGGUGACUCAGCUGGAGGAUGUGCUGGACAGAGUAUGUACAGAAGACAACCCAGAAUUCCUAGUAAUGAUGGAGUUAAAGCGACCAGAACAACAAAAUAUAGAGAAUUUCUUACAGCUUGUUGGAAUUCAUUUACAGAACAAACAGUUGAUGCAGAAAGACCCGCUUUGCAACAAGGAGCUCUUGCUAGCUGCUCACAUUCUCCUCAGUGCUGCAGCAGAACUGUCAGAUUAUGCACUUGUCCUGCUGUGUGCCUGCUGUGAACUCCAGGUUGUCCCUGCUCUGUGUUGCUUGCCUAAUAUGACCUCAACGGAUGGCAUAUUAACACUUGCAGAUCCAGCACUGGCUCUGCUUGCUGACACACCAAGGUUUCAGAUCGUGCAAAGGCUGUUCGCUUUAUCAAACAUUAACCUUGAAAUGAAAGAGUCUUCCAUAAAAGCUGUGACCAUGAAGAAACCCAGUUUUUCCCCAAUCAUUCUCUAUAUAGCAUUAUAUGGACUUUGUGCAUUAGGCCGUAAAACAGCUCAGGCCUGAAGUAGUGGCCUGGAUGGUUUAAUAGCAGAACCAACUGCACCAUUUAAUGUCUGUCAUAAUAGAGAUGAACCUGGCUGAUUUGGAUCAGUGAAACUGAAACAUGAGCAAAUUGGCUGUGUCACUGGAGCAUGGGGAAAGUUGAAACAGAAUGGAGAAAUAAAAAUAUUAAAAAGCUAUGCAACAGUGCGCUCUCUCUCACACACACAGUAUGUAUGUAUGUUUGGGUCCUUAGAUAUUGGUGGUCUCUCCAAAAACAUUUAUUCCCUCUAUAAGCAGCCUUUAUUUUGAUUGCUUUGUGUUUAUAUACACCAGUUUUACUAUCCAGAGGACCUUUGUGAAAACACAGUACACUGGAGAAGAGAUUGUAGCUCAGAGCUAGUGUAUGUGCUUUCACUGGAAAAGGUCCUUGGUUUAAUCUGACAUCUUUAAGUAGGGUGAGUGGAGAUUUCUGCCUGAACCCUAGAGAGCUUCCACCAGUCACUGUUGAUCUAAAUGGGCCAGUGGGCUGACUUAGUAUGACAGCAUGCUAUAUUCCUCUUGAUCAUCUGUGUUGCACCCCAUCAUCUGUAACAGCUACUGUGGUACCCUCCAGAUAUUGUUGGACUCAACUGUCAGUCACCAAUGGGAAUUGUAGUCCAAUACCAUUUGGAGGGCAUCACAUUAGGUGUCUUGUCUGUGAGAAAAUGAAAAAGUACAUGCUGGCAAGUUAAAUGCUUAUGAAUUUUUCUCAAAAGGAUUGAGCUAGCCCACUGAUAAGAACUUCUCCUUUUGGGAAGAAGGACAAGAUAGAAAUUUAAUAAAUAUUAACACUAACUUACCUCAAAGAAGCAUUGUGUGUGCUCUUAGCAUUAUGAGGGGCGUUUCUCACAUCUCAAAACUAUGGAGACUGUCAGUAUGUACCAUUGUUACACGCUAAUGGCUUACAGCAAUUCUCUUCUAGCAGUUAGCUGGUGAGCUGUAACAAAACCUCUGACCCCAACAACAAAAUAUAUGGGCAUAGGCCUCACCCACCACUGGCAUAUGGCCCCUGGAAGGUUUCCCAGGUUGAAAAAAGCUCCCCAGUCCUUGAUAUAGUACUAUUUGAAGUGUUUUAUUUAUAACCUACAAGGGCUAAAGUUGCCACUGUACAACAUCUCUGACUUCAAGGGCUGUAAGAGAAAUGAGGCCCAGGCUGGUUAUUGCCUAGCUUGCUGCCUCUGAUGUGCCCCAAAGAAAGUUGUAUGACUUCAUGGGACAACACAGCAAAGCCC